CGCAUCCACUCAUUACUCUUGACUCGAGAAAUAAACAGCUGCCACUACGGCGGCGGCGACGACGACAGAGAGUGCCGGAACCCUAAUUCCCAAUUCAGCUGGGGCGUGGCAUUUCAACAAAACCCUAAUCUCACUCAACCCCAGAUUCCAAGUGUGAGCUGUUGUAGUAAGGAAUUGCUUCUUUGAUCGGAAUGGAUUCUAAGGAUUUUAUUGCUCUCCCGGAUUCCGGUGACUCUGGCUUUGAGGAUGGCGAGCUUAAUAAUGAGGACUCUAAAGAGGUUGAUGCUCAACUUACUAAGUCUGAGGAGAAAGAAGAUAAACCGAACAGUGAGAAUCUAGGGUGCGAGAGCACUGCUCAAUGCGAAGCAAGCCUUGCCAAUGAAUUGGUUGAUCACAAUUCAGAUAUGGAAAUCGAGGAUAUAAACAACCUCCCUCCUUUAAAAAGAGCUCGAACCACAGUGGAGGAGCAGCAAGUUUCAGUGCGUAUAACAUAUAAUUCUUUAACAAGAGCUAGUAAACACAAGCUUGAAGAACUGUUACGGCAGUGGUCAGAGUGGCAUGCCAAACAUGUUUCUGCAUCUCAAGAUCCUACUCAAGUGUUAGAAUCAGGUGAAGAGACACUAUUUCCUGCUCUUCAUGUUGGCACAGAGAGGACGUCUGGGGUGUCUUUUUGGAUGGACAACCAAACUGGGACAGCACAGAACAUGGAAACAUUGCCUUCGGAUAGCAACAAUGCGCCUCUGUAUGAUCGUGGUUAUGCCUUAGGCUUGACUAUGGCCAGUAGUUCAACUAAUCAGGAGGGAGGCUUGGAGAUUAUAGAUGAUGCUAGCCGUUGUUUCAAUUGUGGUUCUUAUAAUCAUGCUUUGAGGGAAUGCCCCAAGCCUCGUGACCAUGUUGCUGUCAAUAAUGCCCGCAAACAGCUCAAGAUUAAAAAAAAUCAAGCUCCUAAUUCUCGCAACUCAACUCGUUAUUAUCAGAAUUCCCCAGCUGGAAAAUACGAUGGUCUUAGGCCUGGUGCUCUCGAUGCUGAGACAAGGAAGCUUUUGGGUCUUGGGGAACUUGAUCCACCUCCUUGGCUUAACAGAAUGCGAGAAAUUGGAUACCCACCUGGAUAUUUAGAUGUUGAUGAUGAGGACCAGCCGUCAGGAAUAAUAAUCCACGGUGUUGAGGAAACUAAGGUGGAACAGGAGGAUGGGGAAAUCGUUGACACUGACCUUCCUGAACUACCUAAACCUCAGAGAAAAAUGACGGUUGGAUUUCCAGGGUUGAAUGCACCAAUCCCAGAAAAUGCGGAUGAGAGGCGCUGGGCACCUAGCGCUUCAUUUUCAGAUCCCUCGAGGAACUACUCGCACAGUAGGGCUAACCAUUAUUCUGAGCCUGUCAGCAGAGGCCAUUACCGUGAGCAGAGGUGGACUCGAGAUUAUAGAGAUGAUGGGCCUCCUGGUGUGGACCCAGGUUAUGCGCCAUCUAGUUAUCCUCCGAGAUAUGGGAGUUAUGAAUACAAUUCACGCAGUGCGAGCAUUGCUUCAGCCCCUAGAAGCCCUACCCUGGGAAGGUCCCGCUCAGAGAGAGGUAGAAGAAGCAGUGAGUUUUCUUUUCCAUACUCACCCACCAGGGAUUCCGACAAAUUAGAUUAUUUGAGUCAUGAAAGCAAGAAUGACUAUGACCCUGAUAGUUCAAGUCAUAGCUGGGAGAGGGUAGAUAGGCAUCGCCAUCACCGUAGGAGGUGAUGAUAGUGAUAUGUAACAACAAGGAAUAGAUGUUUAUUUGAUGGUAAUUAGAUGAUUGAAAUUGAGCAGAGGGAUUUGUACAAAGAUCUAGAUGAGACUAGAUGAGUUUUGAUUGCUUUGGGAUAGUUUGUUGUAUGUUUAACAAGUACAAUUUCCUUUGUUGCUUUUUGUUUCUAUGGUCAAGCUGUUGAACACACUGUAGUUGUUUUGAGGAAAUACUACUAAUCUUCACACUGCAUUUCUCA